GGGUUAUUUUAGUUUGAAAUUUGAAAAUAUUUUUGACUUUUGAGAACUUUCGCUUUUGGAAUGAUGUUGUGAACGAUGUUUUACUUUGUAUUGAAAAGGUUUUUAAUUAUUUUGAAUAAUGGAUGAGGAGGAUAGUCAAACGAGAAAAGGCGGGCCGACAUUUGAGCCACCAGUUUAUAGGCAACGUUAUGAUUUUGUUGAAAAUAUUGUAUGUGAAUUUGGCGCGAAGAAGGUAUGCAUCAACAUUCCUAUACACGUGCUCGUAAAAAAAGCAGAGAUGUUUGCUUGCAUUGAACUCAAGAUAACAUUUUAAAAAUAUGUUUCUAUGUUUUUUCAAAUAUUUUUGCUUGGCCAUGGUCUUUCAUAAAUUUAAAGACCUGAUUCCUAAUAAUAUUAUAAAGUAAGAUAAAGUAACAAUGUUCUAUGGCUGACCUUUUAUUUUAGUAAAUUUAAGGAAAUUUCCUGAAGCUUGGAUGAGAGUAAAUUGUUUCCUUCAUGUUCAGUUUCAAGAUUUGCAUAUGUUAGUAUCCCAUUGAGUGCCAUUGUUAUCCCCUUGAUUUGGUAUUGUUUUCAUUUUUCAAUUCAUGGCAACUAUAAAAUAAUAUAAAGCCAUUGGAAUUGAGGUAUCGAUUUACUGUCACCCGCCCACAAGGGUUAUCAGGACAGGAGCUGUGUGAAAUUUUAUUUUAUUAUACGUUCGAAACGUACCUACGAUGGACUGUAGAGUUUGCUAAAUGCAGAAGAAUCGUCAAACAUUUUCUGAAGUCAAAAUUUGUUGAAUUUUCAGACAAAAUUUGUCAAAUUUGACACCUUUAAAAUAAUGAAUUAUGAAAAAAAGCUGUAUACACCCUUUUCAUAAAUGGCUGCCGAUUAAAAAUUCUUUUAUGUGCAUAUAAAUUGGCCCAACUACCCUCGUACUCAUGUUAAGAUUUCAAAGGAAUGUCUACCUAGAAACGUUGGGCCAAUUUAUAUGCACAUAAAAGAAUUUUUAAGCAGCCAUUUAUGAAAAGGGUGUAUUAACUUUUGAAAAUUUAGGUGACUGUAAACUUAAAUACCAUAUUUUCUGUUUGGAUAUCAAGUUAAUUAAGAAAUGCUGGUAUCCAUAGUGAAAUGCAGGACAAAUUCUAAUUUCAAACCCUGUUCUAUUUCAGGUUAUUGACUUUGGUUGUUCCGAAGGAAAAUUGAUCAGCCAGCUUAAGAGAGUGGAUUGUGUAGAAGAAUUGGUAGGAAUUGAUAUAGACCAUGAAACUCUUGAAUUCAACAAGAGAAGAACAAGACCUUUCUCGGCUGACUAUCUGGAUCCACGAUCAAAACCCUUGACAGUCAGUUUGUUUCAAGGUAAAGUACACACAGUACAUGCAUGUUCUCUUGGCUAUGGUAUCAAAAUCGAAGUGUUAUUCCAAUGUGUGCAAGCACUCUUCCCUUGAUGGCUAUUAAUUGCCACACUAUUUUACUUGAGGUUUGCCAACAGAUGAUACUCAAGGGAAGAAGACUUGUUAAAUCACUAAAAAUUCUAUCUAAUUUAGGAUCAAUUGCAGAGUGUGAUGAAAGAUUUGUCAAUUUUGAUGUCAUAGCAUGUGUUGAGAUGUGAGUUGAAACUGAAUAUAUUGAUAUUUGAAAUUAUUGAAUAAUUAAGAUCGCAAAAAAUAUGGUUCCUUAAGGUUGUUUUCCACUAGGCAGAAUUUUCCACGCAGUGCAGAAUUUCUCUUUGCCUUGUGAUUUCUUGGGUGGAACUAAUUGGACAAGACAAAGAGAAAUUCCGCUCCGUGCGGAAAAUUCCGCCUAGUGGAAAAUUGCCUUCAAGAUUGUAAAAUUUAAUAUACUGUCUCAAUAUUUGUAAAUCAAUUGAAAUUCUGUUGAUACAGGAAAGUUCUAGAUGGAAUUGGCAUAAUGAUGCAUCAUUGCAAACUGCAUUUCAAAAUGCCAGUUAAUUUAUACAGUCAAGUAGAAUAACCUUUUUUAUUUUUUUUAGCAUAGAACACCUUCAUCCACCAAUUCUGAAUGCAAUGCCAGGUGUUAUAUUUGGUUGUCUUCAACCCAAAGUUGUUGUGGUUACAACUCCCAAUUGUGAGUUCAAUGUUCUUUUCCCUGAUCUGAAAAGAUUUCGACAUUAUGAUCACAAAUUUGAGUGGACCAGAGCAGAAUUUCAAUCCUGGUGAGUGUCUAAACAUACUUGUAGAAUGUUAAUAAAUUAUGAUUCGAAUAUAAUGCAGCAUUUGUUAUCAAUGGUAUACUAGCUGCAAUAUGUAGUUUCUUUACAUUAAAUGUGUAAUUUUGGACUAAAAUUUAUCUUUAGUUAUUGACUGCUUUAGGCAUGAUGGAUAAGUCUUUUACAUUUAGAAAGCAUAUACUUAGAAAAUUUAAAUUCCUUUGAAUUGUCAUUAAAUUCUUAUUGGAAUUCCGAUUGGGAAUUAAUGGCCCUAUAUUUCAAAUAAAAUUUCAUAUUGGAAUUCCAAUUGGAAUUAGAAGUAUGUAAAUUGGUAAAUUAUCUCAAUUUUCAGGAGUUUGAUGGUGUCUUCAAAAUAUGGUUAUUCAGUCACUUUCUCUGGUGUUGGUGAAGGACCAAGUGGAACUGAGCAAUUAGGACAUUGUUCUCAAAUUGCUGUUUUUGUGAAAAAUCAAGACCAAAAUGGUAGGUAAUUGAAUGUACAGUAUAGUAUUAUUAGUAUGCCUAGUUGUUAACACAAGAAGGAUUUUAAAUUUUCAUUGUGUUGUAAUGUUUUACCCUUUCAAAUAAUAGCUAAGUUAAUGUCUAUAUUUCUACAAAAAAGAGGUCCGAGUAAGGAGUGAAUCUGGGUCUCCCAGCUUGAAAGGCAAGCAUGGUCACCACAACACCACAAGUGUUGGUAAUUAAAGUACAGUGCUUUGUAUUGUAAUAAUCAAAAGAAUGAAAAGAUUUGUUUUAACUAUAGAGAAUCGACAUGAAAUACCUCAAGGGCAAACCCCUUAUGAUAAGGUGAGACAAGAACUUGAUACAAAAUAAAUAAGGUGAAAAGAAAGUUAAAAUAAGGUAAGAGACUAGGAAGAUUUAAAGAAGGAUAGAGGAAUAUGGUCGGAAAGUGAAGGUGAGUUGAAAAAGUGAGGGGUGAGGUUAAAUAAGUGGGGAUGGAGAAAAAGGGAAAUGCAUGAAGGUAAAAAUGAUUGGAUGAUGCACGUAGGAAACCGAAGCUUGAGUUACAAAAAGAAAGUUACUUUAAUCAUGACUAAAUCAUUUUCUGGCCUACAAUUAUUUUCAAAAAAUGUAGGCCAUGAUGUUACUGUAGUUGUGAGGUACAAAUCCCAAAUUUGACCUACAAAAAGUUUAUCUAAUCAUUUAAAUGAUACGCUGCUGAAAAUUAAUGUUUACUGACUGAAAAAGUGACCUACAAAUUUUUCCGUGAAAUCGUCGGCUGCUCGAUUUUUGGCCUACAAAACUGCUUUCUCAUGUGACAAUUUGUCAUGCAUUAAUCCCGUUAUGACAAAGAAAACUAAAAAUGUGUUAUUUUUGAAAACCGUCGAUUAUGUAAAUCGUUUCUUUGUUCAAAUAUUGGAAUGCAAUAGCCAGAUCACGAGUCGUACGCGUGAAUAUCCUGAACAUGAUUACUCUAUCACCAGGUAAUAUCCUGUGUACACCCGUAUAAAAAAGAACGAAGUUUAGAGGAGCUACUGACAGAAGAAUUGGAAUACUACACAUUGUUCUUAGCUGAUGAUUAUAAGACGGAAGAACAUUCUCGUUGUUCUGAGAUUCCUUUGGAAAGUUUUUUUCAGUUUCCAAGGGUUUCAAAACUAACCAACGACAUUGAAGUGUUGAGGUAAGUUCACAUGAAAUUUUACUAUUCUUAAUAGUCAUGAUGAGUUCAUUGUAUUUGCUGUAUGCUACUAUAGGGUAUAGUGAUUAGGCUCCUUCCGUUGAAUAGCGAAUUCCAGGGUUCGUACAGAACUUGAAAGUCGUUGAAUGUUCUUGAGUUUGAAAACAAAAAUUCAAGGCCUUGAAUGUCCUUACAUUUUUCUCGCUUUAGUUUUUGGAUAUUUUCUGAAAUUGUUUGACAUUCAAAACGGACAUUUUUUUGCAUGUUCAUAUCUGACAAAGCUGUUUGAAACUCAUUAAAGUUUACGUCAGAUUUUACUGACUGUAACAACUUUUCUUCAGUAUUUAGUCCUUGAAUCUGCUGAUACAUAGCCUUGAAUGUCCUUGAAUUUGAGUCUACCUUACAUGUACGAACCCUGGGAUUCCCUGCCCUGAAUUGUGGUUUGUAGAGUCAUGUCUCACUGUUUGUGAACGCUGACCCACAUGAAUCUAUAUCCUGGGGCGCUUUCCAUUUAAUGGCCUGACCGGUCAGACCCGAAUUCGUUUCUCUGCAUCAAUGGAAAGAUCUGGGGCCGCGGUUGUAUAAAACUCUUAUUAAAUAAUCACUUUUUUAAUCACUAUUUUGUAGUUAAAUAGUGAUUAACUCUCGCUUCUUAUUGGAUGACAUUUGCACUUAACAUCAUACUGUAGUUAACUUUAGUCACUUUUUAUACAACCGGCCCCUGGUCUAUGUUUCUCAAAUAUCCAGCGAAAAUGGACCUCAUUCUAAUGUUAUCUAAAUUUUCCGGUCAGAUAGGUCCGAUGCGCAAAUAUUUUUGUGUUCCAUUCAACAAUUUGGUCAUUCUGGCCGUGUUAAUGGAAAGCGCCGCUGGAUUGUGUUAUGUUACAGUAUAUAAUAAUAUUGCGGACAAAGCGAAGUUAAAAUAAAUGUAAACAUUUCGUGUUUCAUCGGUUUUCAGAUCGGUUAUACAAGCUAGUCCUAAACUCGAACUUAACGAUACACAGACCGCUGUGAAGUACACACGGGCUGAAAAUGAAUGGCCUAGUGACGACGAGGACGAUGGGGAACAUAACGGGACAAAAUGGGACUCUGAAGGUGUUGGCAACAAUUAUAUCCAAUAUUAUAAACUGGAUUGCCUUCCUGCCGGGGAUGAAUGUUGGGAUAUUGAGAUGGAGGGUGAGCAGGAGGAUAAAGGGAGUGAACAGGAUAAUUGGACGAGUUGGAGAGGAACAAAUGUACCUGAUGAUUGUGAGCAUGAAAGGACAGAAGAGGAUACUUUUGCUGAUCGUGAUUACACAUGGUGAAUAUUUUAAAGGGAUAAUUUAAACAGUCGUGGUAAUUACAAAUUACACCAUUAGCCAUUUCAAACUAGACUUUUACUCAUAAAAGCUUUAUUUGGCGUUUCAUAUUAGCAAUUCGGUUGAAGAAAUUCUUUAAAUUUGUAUAUAAUGUUUUGAACAACGAAAUGUAUUUAACAAAUACUUUUUAUCUUGUAAUUGUUUUGUUGUGUAGGAAACGCCACGUUUAUGUACAUUUAUUCAAAAUAUAUCGGUUGCUCAUACUCCAAGAAAGUCCCUAUAACUUUACAUCACUAAUGAUAUUAUAUAUUUACAAACAUUUAGCACACAUAUAUAAAACUUAAUAUUAGCGACGGAUAGGAAGGUUGUAUGUUAUCGAUUUGCUAUGAUAUAUGCUAAGUUAAUUAAGUGUGUUUUAAACGAAUACAGAGUACAACUUGUCUUGAUCUCGGUGGGUAAACUGUUCCAACGUUUUACUGAUCUAAUAUAGUAAGAGUUUUUGAAGUAAUCUUGAUUAUGUUUGAUGAUAAGGUGGAAGUCAUUUGUAAUACAUCAAAGUUUCCACUUAAAAAAAGUCUCUACUUACUGUUUUCAUUUUUAUACUGAAGUAAAGUCUAUCUGGUUUAUAUAUAUAUAUAUAUAUCAAUAUAUGUAUAUGUUAUCAACAGAUCGACCUGAGUUCACUUCUGUUGCAUUAUUACGUUCGUGUUUACCUUGAAGUGUUAUUAAUUGUUCAUUUAACCUUCUUACUUUCGAAGAAUUUGAUGAACGUUUCGGCGUAGGUUCUCAUUUCGACAAAUUCGCACAUUUUUGCCAAACUUUCUGCUUCUCUGCUGUAGUUCACAGCGUGUCUCAGUUGGUCCGCCUGUCGAGAUGGAUCGUCGUUACCCAGCCUGUAAGACAAACAGGCUUGUGCGAAAAGAUUCUGAAUAUUUCGGAACUUGCUAAGUGGGUUACCUUUAAGGACGAUUUUUUGUGUUUCCAGUAAAUAUUCCUUCGCCUUUUCGAUAUUUAUGAGCGUGUCGGAAUCGGGUAGCAUAUCGCCGGAGAGGGAGCAACCCAAGGAAAGCAAGGCUUUGUUGAUAUAAACCUUUUGUUGAUAUUCUGCUUUUGUGGUACUUUUGUGAAUUUGAUUCAAGUGACUACUUGCGGUGUCGUAACUUUUUUCCGCCUUGCUUAUUAAAGAAAGCUGGUCCGUGCGAUCCUUUGUUUUCAUUGCCAGAAUGUUCUCCAGUGUAGCAAUUUGAACAUAAAACGCUGCGGAUAUGAUGCAAAAUGAAAGUUUUUCUAAAUCAUCCAAACUUUUCUUUGCAAUUUUGUGGCUUUCUUGGUAGUUUCCUUUGCAACGUUCCAUAAUGGAGUAAAGAUAUUGUUCCAUUACUUUGAAACGCGUUUGGUUGGUACUGGAAGGUAGGGUCGUCGUAUAUACAUUAAGAUGUUCUUCAGCCUGGACAUAUUUGCCUUUUCUUAGGUGGAAGCUAACAUAUUUCGACAGACAAGUUAAUUUCACGUCGCUGACUUUGUAGUUUUCCUGGGCUGUUUUGCUCGCUGCGUGGAGUUCAUCUCCGUCGCAAUUGUUGUUCAGAAGACUCGUCAGUUCCUCGUAUACUAAGUCGGACGGGGCAUUGGCACAACGUGCACCUAUAUUACGAAAUGGAUAAUUCAAAGUAUUCACGAAUU